UAUGAGUUUAAUUAAGGGCAUUGUUGUCGGUUUACCAUCGUCAAAAUUACCACCCUUUUAUAAGUCGACACACUGGAAAAGCAUCUGUAUACGUGCUAUGCUUACAAAAAUGGCUUCUGGGAAACUAGUAUUCUCUUUCAUCAUUACUCUCCUGUUGAUCUUCCUUCUACCUCCAUCUCAUGCUGCUUCUCAUUCGGAUCCUAGUGAUAUCAAGGAUUCAUCAUCUAUCAGUCGUCAAAAGGUUAACCUCUCGGUUUAUUAUGAAGCUUUAUGCCCAUCCUGUGCAAACUUCAUUGUCCAAAGUCUUGCUAGGGUCUUCAACGAUGAUCUUAUCAACAUCAUCAAUCUCAGGAUGGUACCAUGGGGUAAUGCUCAUGUCAACAAAACUGACAGCACCAUCAUCUGUCAGAAUGGUCUUGAUGAAUGUGUUCUGAAUAAAAUACAAGCCUGCGCCAUCAAUGUCUGGCAUGAUGUGGACAAAUAUUAUGCACUGAUUUACUGCAUUGAGUUCCUCGCUAUUGAGGGAAGGCAUUCAAAUUGGCAAUCUUGUUUCAGCUCACUCGGAUUGCCUGAAAAACCUAUUUUGGACUGUUACAAUAAUGGAACGGGAGCGAAGCUUCAAGCUCUAUACGGUUAUGAAACUGCACAUCUUAGUCCGCCUCAGACGUUUGUGCCUUGGGUUGUCGUGGAUAGUAAACAACUCGGAAAUGACUAUGAAAAAUUUACCACCUACAUCUGCAAUGCAUACAAAAGCAAUGUCAUACCAAAUGCCUGCAAAUCACUUCCACCGAAUAAUGUCAGCUCAAGUAAGGAGGAAGAUCCUAUCCAUCCAGUUUGCUACCGAGGUGAAGCUAAGAACUUGACAACUCUGGGACCAAUAAAGAGAACUUGACAUCUCUAUUCUCUAGGCUAGAACACUUUCCUAGCUUAUACCGAAUGGUGCUAUUGAAAUGUUGCAGUUUUCAAUGCCUGAGUUUUGCAAUGUUGGACUGUUGGCUCUUUUUAUGUCACAUUAAUCUGGCAUUGGCAAUCAUUCUGAUUGUGAGCUCCAAAACCAGCAUUGACACGGAUGGCCUGACCACAGUAAUUUCCAGUGUAAAGGGGAGAAAUUUGGAUAAGAUGUUAUAAAUCUGAUGGUGUUAGUGUCCAUUAUUCAAUCAAUUUACUCAAUCCUUUUAUUC